AUGCUUGAAGGAUGGGGGGAGCAAGGAGGAAAAGAGCUCUUGAAAAAGAGCACUCUUAUGAACUAUUUUAACUUCGAUAACAUGACAUAUAGCAGUGUUUACGGCCAAGGACCACUUGACGAGCGCGAACCCUUAUAUCACUCCGAGCCGUUUUGGCUAGAACUCAAUGGAUUACCGAAUUACAAGAGCAAGGUUGCGACCUUUGUCGAUAACUAUUCCCAGAUCUGUGUUGAUUUCUGUGUGAAUAACGGCGGUGAGAUUAAUGUCGGUACCCGUUUUGGGCCGUUACAGUACUUUGUCUUUGCCGGCGAUUCGGUGGUUGAAAUCAUCCACCUUUAUAGCUCGAUAAUUGGGAGAGCUCGAUUGAAACCACGAUACGUGCUGGGACAUCACCAGGGGUGUUAUGGAUACGACACUCGCAAUAAGGUUCUCAAAGCAGCCUACGGUUAUGUGAAGAAUGAUAUACCGCUAGAUGGAAUACACAUAGACGUUGACUUACAGGACGAUUAUCGAACCUUCACAAUUGAUUCUGAGCGAAGGUUCGCCCACCCAAAAGAGAUGUUCCGCGAGCUCCGGGGGCUUGGCAUCAAGAGUUGCACAAAUAUCACUCCAGUGAUCAAUCUGAACCCAAGCGAAACAUAUAAUACCUUAAAAGAAGGCCACAAAUACGGCCAUUUUAUAAUGGAUAAGCGCUACGAUGAUGGUACUGGUGUGGUACCAGUGCACGAGGUCGAAUAUAUCUGCUACGAAGGUGGGAUAAAAUUAUCCAUCGAUCCUGUUAAUGAGAAAGGGCAGUUUCCGGGAGCCGAAUAUGAUUUUACCAGGUACUACAAUAACUCAAAGGUGGCAUAUCGCGGCGGUGUGGGAUACGGCGGUACGCUCGGCACACCGGGGCACUACCCAAACCUUAACAAUGCCAAUACCCGGAAGUGGUGGGGGGGGCAAUACAAAUACCUUUUCGAUCAGGGACUUGAGUUUAUUUGGCAAGACAUGACAACGCCGGCGAUAGCCAAAGAAUAUGGUGACAUGAAGGGCCUUCCAUUCCGCCUCCUGGUAGAGUCAGAUUGUUGGUCGGGAAGGGACGAUUCGCCAAAGCAAAUGAAGCCAGCAAUCGAGAUCUGGUCAUUAUAUAGCUACAAUCUACACAAGGCCACGUACGAAGGCUUGAAUAGACUUGAGAGUAGGAAGAACAAGCGCAACUUCAUCAUUGGUCGUGGGAGUUACGCAGGAGCGAAUAAGUGGGCUGGAUUGUGGACUGGUGAUAACGCCUCGACUUGGGACCACUUACGUAUCUCGGUCAAUCAGGUGCUUUCUCUAGGAAUUUCCGGGAAUGAGAUAGUUGGAACUGAUGUAGGAGGCUUUAUGCCUGCCGGUGGGAGAUGGGCAGAGCCUGAAUUACUCAUUCGCUGGUAUUGUGCAUACUCAAUGUUGCCAUGGUUCAGAAAUCAUUAUCACGGUAAGAGAGGAAUGAAACUAUUCCAAGAGCCAUAUGCCUUUACAGACCACUUUAACUCCAAUCCAUCGGGUGUCCCUAAGAAAGAUCGUUACCUUUGGCUCUCGGUGGAGCCUAUCUGUCGUUACUAUGUUAAGCUUCGAUAUAGUUUACUCCAGCUUCUGUAUGAUGCCAUGUUUGAGCAUCAGUUCAAUGGAUUGCCUAUUGCAAGGUCGUUAGUUAUUACAGACAGUGAAGACUCAUCUUUGCUGGCUGAGCAAGAUUGGGUGCUCGAUAAUGAAUAUAUGGUUCGAAACGAUCUUCUCGUAUGCCCGAUUAUGCAUCAACAGUCCGUUGCAGGAGGCCACCGUUCAAUCUACCUUCCAGAACCAGAUGGCUGGUAUAAAUUCAAUUUAAGGGUUGAUAAUGGAAGUCCCCGCCAUGACGGGGUACCGCUGGAGAAGCGUAUUCCAGGAGGGUCAAAAUUUGAAGUCGAUGCACAUAUUGCUAGCGAACCCGCAUUCCUUCCGAAUAUUACGCCCAUUUUUGUGAGAGAAGGUAUGGGCAUUUUCUCCCUCCAGGUGACAAUGAUUCUACACUCACCUGAACUCUAUGAUACUGCAGGUGGCAUUAUCCCACAAAUAGAAGUCCGCCCACACACGGACCACAUACCCGGGAAACCAAACCCAAUCCUCAUUCACCUCUACCCAGGUAGAAAGACCAACGUGCGCCAAAAUUCACCCUCUCUCCUUGAAGCAUAG